CACAAGUGCAACACUCCUCCGAGCCCUUUUUGCCCCUCAAACCAACACCUACCUUGCUUGCUUACCUACCUGCUGGCCAUCCACCCAUCCGUCGGUCGACAUAGCAUCCUCGCCCCUAUAAUUGUCCCUCGAACCCGGACUCUGACACGAACCCGAGCCGUCCCUGCGCCGACAUCGAAUUGGGAUCCGAGCGAAGCGAAGCGGCGGUGAACCCCAGCGGCAGAUGCCACCCCAUAAGACUUGACUAUCGUCUUGAAUAAACCUCGCGCGCGAGAUAUCCAACGCAGCUCGGCCGAGAGACGACGACGAUUUGCAUCUGCACCCUUUUGCAAAGCCUCUCGAGGCAGCCACACCACAGCACCAUGCCCUCGUCUGCGGCGACGACCGUCACCAAGACGCCCAAGGACAAGGCGCCCGAUGCCGGGGCCAGCGGCCAUGAAGCCGACGCGCACGACUUUUUCUGGACCUACACCGAGGAGCCGCAUCGCACCCGGCGCCUGGCCAUCAUCAAGGCCCAUCCCGAAAUCACCAAGCUGUGCGGCCCCGAACCCCUAACCAAGUACGUCGUCACGGGCGUUGUCGCCCUGCAGACGUUCCUGGCAUGGUAUCUUCAUGAGACGCCCUUCUGGUCGCUCAAGUUCUGGCUCGUGGCCUACGUUGUUGGCGCGACGGCCAACCAGAACCUAUUCCUCGCCAUCCACGAGAUCUCGCACAACCUCGCCUUCCGCAGCCCCGUUGCCAACCGCAUCUUCGCCAUCUUCGCCAACCUCCCCAUUGGCAUUCCCUACAGCGCCUCGUUCCGGCCCUACCACCUCACUCACCACAAGUCGCUUGGCGUCGACGGCGUCGACACGGACCUGCCCACCGCUCUCGAGGCGUUCGUCCUCGACUCCAUCCUCGGCAAGGCCUUCUUCUGCACCUUCCAAAUCUUCUUCUACGCCAUCCGCCCCAUGACCGUCUACCGCGUGCCCCUCACCCGCGUUCACUACCUCAACAUUGCCGCUCAGCUCGCCUUCGACUACGCGCUCGUCCGCCUCACUGGCGGCCCCAAAGCGCUCCUAUAUCUCCUCCUUUCCUCCUUCCUAGCCGGCAGUCUCCAUCCCGUCGCCGGCCACUUCAUCGCUGAGCACUACGUAUACGAGACGGUCACGCCCACGCAGCGCAACCCGGACAACGGCGUCCCCGUCCCCGAGACCUUCUCCUACUACGGGCCUCUCAACUGGCUCACCUACAACGUCGGCCUCCACAACGAGCACCACGACUUCCCCGCCGUGCCGUGGACCCGCCUCCCUGCCGUCUACGACAUCGCCCGCGAGUUCUACCAGGACCUGCCCCGCCACGAGAGCUGGAGCUACGCCAUUUGGCGCUUCAUCUGGGACCCCAACGUCGGGCUCAACUGCCGCGUCAAGCGUAAGCAGGGCGGCCGCAUUGUCGGCGGCGCCAUCAACUGGAAGGAGUCGGAGAUUCAGGCAUGAUGACCUCGAACAGACACAUUCUUCCGGGCCAGUGCUCAUGUAUACUCUUCCAAGGUGUUCAACAAGACAAAAGCACCUCUCUCUUUUCUCUCGUGGGACUUGCCAGCAGUCGGUAGACUAGGGAUGAUGAAUUGCAUAUUUGCUUUCUAUAGGCGUUUUGGGCAGCAGCAACAACAACAAUAACGGCGGGACCCGUCCAGUCAGAGCUUAAUUAGACCACGAAUGACCACGCCAGAUGUGAAGUGCACAUGCGGUGCGCAAGAUGGACUGUGACGAGCAAGCUGAGCAAACUUCCAAGACCACAACAAAAGGAAUUCCCAUGAUUCUGAAAGGCAAAAGUUGUAGACGUAGCUAGUACAAAAGCACCGCGACAACGACUCCUCAC